AUGCCAAGAGGCCUCAACAAGCGCACCCGUGACGACUUCGAAGCAGAUCUACAGAACACACACUACGGCGCAAGCACCUCAGAUCUCCCACCAGACACAGACAUCAUGUCAACGCCUAAACGGCGCAGGCGCAUACCACUGGACAUGCCACUAGGCUUAUCAGCCGACGACUUCGCCUCACUCGAGCCCAUGCCGCAGAUAGCAGAAGACCAAGACGGCGACCUGAACAUGCCAGAACUGUCCCACGACUGCCUGUCGGACUCAGAGGACGAAGUAGACUCGGGCUACGGCACAUCUAAUGGGCCAUCGCCCAGCACAGACCCAGUCGAGGAUCCACUAUGGACACUCGAUGACGAUCGCAUAUUGGUGCAGACGGUACUCGAGAAAAUGCAGAUCAGCAAGCGCGCUUGGAAUGAGUGUUCAAGAAGGCUUGGGAAGGAUAAAGACAGUAUUGGUCGACGGUGGAAGCUGCUCAUCGAUGAGGGCGAAGUUGGACUUAAGAUCCGACGAGGAGGUCCCGUACGGAGAACGCUGAUGGAGGUGCCCGGAUGGUGA